GCACACACGGGGGAUGAGCCGCCCGCGCCGCGCACGCAGCCACGCGCUCGCUACCCUUCGUUUGACCAAUUUUGGUCUCAGCCUGAGGUCCACUUGCUGGGCUGAGGGUUGCAUGGUAGCUGCACUCCCUUCCCCAGCAGCCUGGCUUAGGAGGAAAAAGAAGCCAUCAUGUCCCACGGAGGAGUAGCAGCACGCAAAGCUGCCAAGCCCCAGGACCAGGGAUGGGCAUGGAUGGUCCUGCUCGCCGCGGUGCUGCUGCAGGGGCUGACGCUGGGCUUCCCCGCCUGCAUCGGUGUCUUCUUCACGGACCUCCAGCGUGAGUUCCAGGCCAGCAAUAGCGAGACGUCGUGGUUCCCGUCCAUCAUGGUGGCUGUGCUGCACGGAGGCGGGCCUCUGUGCAGCAUCCUGGUGAAGCGAUUUAGCUGCCGGUUUGCGGUGAUGCUGGGAGGCCUGCUCAGCGGAGUGGGCAUGGUGUGCAGCUCCUUCUGCAAGUCCAUCAGCCAGCUUUACUUAACAGCUGGACUCAUUACUGGUCUGGGAUCGUGUUUCAGCUUCCAGGCAGGAGUGACUGCGCUGGGCUACUACUUUGUACGGUGGCGAACGCUGGCCAAUGCCAUGGCAUCCACUGGCGUCUCUCUCGGUUUCACGCUGUGGCCGCUGCUUUCUCAAUACCUGCUGGAUGAGAUGGGCUGGAGAAACACUUUUCUUAUCUUUGGAGGAAUACUACUGAACUGUUGUGUUUGUGGAGCCAUUAUGAGACCAGUUCAGCUUGCAUCAGCAUCACCACUACAGUCAUCCAAGCCUGAAGAGGAGCCAGGGAGAAGAGCAGAAGAGGCACAGCUGUCCAACGGAGCAUCUUCACCCCACCCCGAGCUCAAGCAGCAAACCAGAAGGACUGCAUGCUUCCAGAUGCUGCAGAAGUACCUGGCUUUCGACAUUUUCUGUCAAAACAAAGGUUACCAGAUUUACACUAUUGGAGUGACCUGGAUGAUGAUGGGGUUUGCAUUACCCCAUGUCUACCUUGUGCCUUAUGCCAUCCAGAACGGGGUGGAGGAACGCCGGGCAGCCCUCCUCAUCUCCGUUAUUGGGUUCAUUAACAUCUUCAUACGCCCUUUGACAGGGCUGCUCUCGGGACACAGAGUCUUCACGGGGAGACGCAUCUACCUGUUCAGCCUGGCUGUGCUCCUCUGCGGGCUGAGCAAUUUCAUUUGUGUCAUUUCAGCUGAGUUCAGCGUGCUCAUCAUCUACUGCGUCAUCCUCAGUAUAGCCAUGAGUGGCAUUGGUGCACUCACCUUCCAGGUGCUGAUGGAUGUGGUGGAGAUGGACAGAUUCUCAAGUGCUCUAGGGCUCUUCACCAUCCUGGAAAGCAUCACUCUCCUCAUCGGACCGCCUCUCACAGGUCUCCUGGUAGACAUAACUAGUGAUUUCCACUACGUCUUCUACAAUUCCAGUUUCUUCCUGAUAUCAGCUGCAUUAUUCAUGGGGCUCAGCUUCUGUGCUCUGGAAAAAAAAAGCAAAUUGAAAGAGGCUUCAAAAGUACCUUUGAAUAAUCCCUCCAGAUAUCAAUACAAUGAAAUGCCAACUGAACCACAGUCUGAAAGUCAACCCCCUCCAGCAGUCAUGUACAUCACAAGCAUAUGAAAAGAACUUAAAAAACAACAACAAAAAAAGAGGAACACAAACAACGAGGUGGCUUUUACAAAGCUACACGAGGCCCAGCACUGAUGGCAGAUGAGAAAACCAAUGUCCACUUUCCACAACUGUUGUCAUCCUUCUGCCCUGCACUUCCACUCUGUGGGGCUGUGUCAGGCUCCAAGCGAGCGAUCCAGAUGGCAGGCUGAGCCCAGGACCCAGCGCCAGCCAAAGAGCCGAAGGACAAAGAGAACCGUGCACUGCUAAAGCAAACCAUGGGAUAACGGCCAUGGUAACCAGUGCUGAGGGACAAAAGCUGUGUCAGUUCAAUUGGUUUAAGUCAGUGCCUUUAAGAAGUCACUGGAAUUUCACAUGCACAUUUCAGUUGGUAGCACUGAACAAUACGUAUUAGUGGCUAUGCACAGUGGUAGUUCUUUCACAAAGAAGUGUUAUUGCCUCGUCUGAACAUGCAAUUUUGGUGCAGGCUUAGAUGAAGUUUCCUGGUAGCUUCCCAUGCUGGGGGUGGAAAGACAAACACUUCUCACAGGAAGCAUGUUAUUAUUUUCCACAUCUCUAAAUAUUAUAUGGAGGCUGCUGCAUGGGUUGCAGAACUCAGCCAAGUCUCUAGUAAGAUCAAAUAUUUUCUCCUAAAAGGUACAUACGUGAGUUCUUCAUGCCAAGGACAUUUUCAAAGCCUCCAAGAUUCAACUCCAGAGCAUCAAAAAGAAAAAACCCAAACCUUAAGAGUGUUUGCUUUGUAUAACUAGUGAUAUCUCAAGUGCUCCUUAAUAUAUCAUAAAACAGGAUUCAUGGCUUGUGUAAAUACACUUUACAGCAUUUAUCAAGAUUCAUUUUUGCAGGGAGAGUGUAGGGACGGGGUGAGGGGGGGCAGUGAAGGUGUUACUAGACCUAAGAGUAAGUGUAUGCAUCCUUAUAUAGGGCCAAAUUCAAAGCCACUGUAGUUCCCCCUUGUGUAAAUGAAUUUAGCACUUUACUCAGACUCUCAGAUUUAAUUACACCAGCACACUCAUUAUAGAGAAGUUUGCACAAGCAUAACUUAGAUUUCCUAUAAGCACAAGUGUAAUUUACAACGAAAUCUGUGGAGAAAAGUCAGCGUUACUGACAUUCAUAUCCACACAGACUUGACUGUAAGUGCCUUUUCUUGCUACACUCCUGGCAGUUACACUUGUAAAUACUAAGAUGAUAGCUGCACUAGCCUCUAGCCUCCCUCAGCCACAGCUCGAGUUGCAAACUGUUUACAUUCUGCAUCAUCCCAGAUCUGACAGAAACAGAUAAUAGCUCACAAAGCACUGCAGAUGAAGGUUACUCAACACAUUAGAACCAUCAGAAAGAUGGAAGCAUAAAAUGGGAGUGAAAUGAAAGAAGUAACAGCUUUCAACUCAACUGCAGUGCUUAUCUUGAGAACUGUUAUAUCAAAUUCCUAGCAACAAAACCACAGUUUUCAUUAGAGCUGUGGACUCCCCCAAACAAAAUAAACAAACCAACCAUAAAAACCCACACUGGGUGAAACCACUGGAAAACUGACUUCAAGGUCUUCAGAGACUGUAAUGGCUUCACAGCUGACUUUUACAGCGGAAGAGAUAUCAGCCCUUCAGAAAGGUUCCUGUUCCCACAGCUCAGCAUCUUCUUCAGUACUGCUCUAGGACUACUGAACCAGUAGGCUUUGCAUUUCCUGAUUAAGCAUAUACUUAAAUAAAAUGACUAGUAGGAGACAUACAUAUCUAAUCUCUUGUCACACGUGUUUAUUAACUUGUGUAAUGCUUACAUGGUUCAUAAUUACAAAGUAAACAGGGACUGGUGUUUCUCAGAUUACUGAAACAAUGACUGCUGUACAUUCCUGGGAGAAGGAUGGGGCUUUCUCCCUCUCAAAAAAAGAACAAUGAAAAGUGAUCAAGUCCCAAACCUCUUCUAGCUAUUG